CCCAAACCUUUGCCUUGAGAAACCACAUCCUAACCAACCUAUUCAAAAACUAAAGAAACAGAAUUUUCCCUCAAGGAGCAAUCAAAAUGAAAGGAGAAGGAAAGCGAAACAAUGCAAAAUGCUGGGCAUAUGUGGCUGCAUUUGUUGUGUUUCAGACAGCAAUCAUCUUGAUAUUUGCACUAACCGUUAUGCGUAUCAGAACUCCUAAAGUCAGGUUUGCUGCUGUUUCGGUGGAGAAUUUCAAUACUGGUAACAGCACUUCACCCUUCUUUGACAUGAAAUUGAUGGCUCAAGUGACUGUGAAGAACACAAAUUUUGGUCACUACAAGUACGAAAACAGCACCAUCAAAAUCUUAUAUGGAGGCAACCAGGUUGGGGAGGCAGCUGUUGUUAAGGCUCGUGCAAGGGCUAGGCAGACCAAAAAAUUCGACGUUACAAUUGAUAUUAGUUCCACCAGCCUGUCGAGCAAUUCGAACCUUGGUAAUGAUAUCGCUUCUGGUGUUUUGCCACUGAGCAGCCAAGCCAAGUUGGAAGGAAAGGUGCAUUUAAUGAAGGUGAUCAAGAGGAAGAAGUCCAGUGAAAUGAGCUGCACCAUGGGAAUUAAUUUAGGAACUCGUGCUGUACAGGAUUUGAACUGCAAAUGACACUUACUUCCGAAGCAGUUUUAAAUUAGAUAUUAGAUGCUUGCGUUUCAGUGUAGGUUUUUUUUUUUCUGUUUUUCUUUGUUCUACCAUUUCUGAUUUUGUACUCUGCCAGUCUGCCUCAGUUUGUGUUACAACUAGAAAUUGAUUCGUAUUCAUAUAUUUUCAACUCUAAUGCGUAUUAAAAAGUCGGGUUUGAUGUACUUACAAACUGUAUCUUGUCCAAAUCCGGAACUCCAAACUCAAUUUUAAUAGCCAAUGGUUUACAAAAUAUCCAAAUAUCCAACAUAAAGAGGAUAUAUAGUAGUCCAAAUUGAGCAAUGACAAAAUACUGUUAGAUCAUAAAGCUUCAAUCUAAUUAAACAUUUAAGCUAA